UUAAGCGGCCGGGGGAAGGGAGGUUGCGGACAGCGGCGCCUCCUUAAGCCGCGCGAGGGGCUGCGGGUCCCGGGCGGCGGCGCGUGCGGCGGGGAGGGAGGGGCUCGCGCUGCCUGCCUGCCCGGGACCAGCCCGCGCGCCACCGACUCCAGCUGCAGCCGCGGCAGCGCCCGGGGAGCCCGGCCGGGGGAUCGCGCCCGGGGGAGGAGUAGCGACCCCGCGCGGGCAGGGGGCGGCGCGCCGAGCCGGUGCAGCGGGGAGCGCCAGAGGCGCCGGGACCGUGCAGCCGCUCCCAGAAGGCCCGCGGAAGGAGCCGGUGCAGCGGACGCAGCCCCCGGGGGAGGGAGGCGGUAGCGGCCCCGGCGGGCGAACAAGGAGGCGGCGGCGGCGGCGGCGGCGGCAUGGCCGGGCCCCCGCCACCCCCGCCGGGGCAGGAGGCGCCCCGCUACCAGGAGUGGAUUCUGGACACCAUCGACUCGCUGCGCUCCCGCAAGGCGCGGCCGGACCUGGAGCGCAUCUGCCGCAUGGUGCGGCGGAGACACGGGCCGGAGCCCGAGCGCACCCGGGCCGAGCUAGAGAAGCUGAUCCAACAGCGCGCGGUGCUGCGAGUCAGCUACAAAGGCAGCAUCUCCUACCGAAACGCCGCCCGCGUCCAGCCGCCCCGCCGGGGGGCCCCGCCGCCGGCCCCGCCCAGCCGCAGCUCCCCGGUCAGCCUGCGGGAGAUAGUGCGCUACCUGGGCGGGGAUGGGAGCGCGGCCGGGGGCGGACGGGUGACCCGGGGCCGAGUCCAGGGGUUGCUAGAGGAGGAAGUGGCCCGCGGGAGGCUGGAAAGGACCCGCUUCGGCAGCAUCGCCCUGGCCCGGGCGGAAAGGGGGCCCCAGGGCCGCGCCCCCCACGCCAGGGCGCACCGGAGCAAGAAGGCCGGGGAGGAGCCAUCGGAGGAGAAGGGGGAGGAGGAAGAGGAGGAUGACGAGGCUUCCACCAUGUCGGAGGGCUCUGAGGCUCCGGACUACGAGGGGGCGGGCGCCGGGGCUGGGUUGGAGAGUGACGGCAAAGCAGCCCCCGCUGAGCAGAGCCAGAUGAACGGGGACUGUAAGGACAGCAGGCGUGGUGGGAAGGACUGUCCCACGGGGGGUGGCCACGCCAGGGACUUGCACCCCCCGGAGGAGCACUCCCCGGACAAGGGCUCCGAGCGCCCCCACCGCGAAGGCAGCGAGAGGCGUCAUGCCAAGGCCUGCUCCCCUGGGGAGAGCGCCUGCCAGCAGUUCGGGAUGGGCAAGAAGGAAGGGGGCUCCUACGGGCAGCCAGACAGAGCAGUCUCUCCAGCCGUUGCGGGCGCGGACCCCCCUGUGCCCUUGUCCCCCGGGCGGCCCGGUGUCCAGGCAGCGGAUGGGACACUGUUCAGCUGCGUCUCGGUGAAGAAGGAGAAGCCCUCAGACCCCGUGGAGUGGACAGUGAUGGACGUGGUGGAUUAUUUCACAGAGGCUGGAUUUGCAGAGCAGGCAUCUGCCUUUCAGGAGCAGGAGAUCGACGGGAAGUCCCUGCUGCUCAUGCAGCGCACAGACGUCCUGACCGGGCUGUCCAUCCGCCUGGGCCCCGCGCUGAAGAUCUACGAGUACCACAUCAAGGUGCUGCAGCAAAGCCACUUCGAGGAGGACGAGGUGGAUUCCUUCCUGGGCUGAGCAGGGAGAGGAGAGUCGCAGCUGGGGCCGAGCGGGACUGUGCCAGCAGCCACUGCCUCCUGCCGGUCCCCUCCCUGCCUGCUGCACCCCUUCUCCGGGUGCCUUGGGAAUCAGCCCUCCCAGCGUCUCUCUCUCUCCAUAGAAACAGAUGAAUGGGGGAGUGUCAAUCAGCCUGGGGCUUUUGGUGCAGGGGGGAGGAGAUGGAAAUGACCCUGGCAUCCUAGCUGCGUCCUCCCACCUCUCGUGAUUAAGCCCCAAGUGGUUGGGGAGGGGUAGAAAAAACUGUGGUGGGGAGGGAGUGAAGGUGUAGGCUUCGGAGGAGGGGUUUACAGGGGUGUUUUUUAGGGGGAGGGGGGAAUCAGUGCCCAACACUGCCCCCUGGCUCCUCCACUGUGUGUUUAUUCGCUUGGUUAGUCUCACAUCGUAGCAUCGUUGGCCAUUUCAAGCUGGGGGCAGGUGGGAGAGGUGGAUUUUUUGCUCAUUUCAUGCCCAGGAGAUGUCUGAGGACUUUGAGGGCCUCUUUUAGCUCUGCCCCUCCCCCCACCCUCAACUCAGGACAUGGCACUCUGGUUUGAUCUCCCCUCCCCCUCUCCCCCCCCAACAUCUGGUCUCCCUGCCGUCUGGAUGGGGUGGGUCAGGGAUUUUUUGGAGGUGGGUGGGGCACUGGGGGGUGCCCUGCAUCAGGGGAAGGUUUUAACAGGGGAUCCUUUUUAUUCUCUGGUUGGGGUGGGGGGUGGGGUAAAUAUAUAUAUUUUUUUUUACACACAUCAAUGGUUGCUACCCAGAGUCAGUCGCUUUUUAAUAUCGCACCCUCCCCUCCCCCCACCUUCCUUUUUUUUUUAAAUAAAAAAAAAUCUUAAAAACAA